AUGCAACUUAAGGAAGAGUUGACUCUCAUUCAGCUAGAGUCCCGCUCAAUCUCGGAGUAUCUCCACGCCAUCAAGGUAUUAGUUGAUGAACUUGCUGUAAUUGACUCUCCUAUCUCAAUGGAUGACAUUACUUUGUAUGCCCUCAACAGUCUUGGCCCUGAGUACUAUGAGAUUCCAACAUUUAUUCAGGCACGUGAGACUUCUCUUACGUUUGAGGAGUUUCAUGAUGUACUGGUUGGCCACGAAAGUUACUUACGACAUGUUGAUGUGUCCAAUGCUCUCCUAGUUGCCAUAGCGAACUCCACUCAGCGCCGCACUUUGGCUUCCACUUUCAACUGCAACCAACGUUCCAACCCUGGUUCCUCUGGUCAUCGUCGCUCCAACUCUGGAGUGAAGUUUGUUAAUUGUGCAGCUACAAAUGCAUCCACCGACAAAAAGUGGCUUGUGGAUUCUGCUGCUUCUCACAACAUGACCUCCGAUCUUGCUAAUCUCUCUAUUCACUGGGAGUAUGAUGGCACAAAAUGA